AUGUUCCUAUUGCGACCUUCGUCGAACCGCGAUCCCACGCUUGCCAUAUGGUCACCGGCAAGCGAAGUCGUCCAAUACGAAAUCCGAGACAUGGCUCCUUAUUUCUUCAACAGAAGUCCAUGGGUUGGGACCAACCGAGAAGCCUUGGAUGCCAUGUGGGCUGACCUAUACGAUUUUGGCACUUCUGGAAUCAGCCCAGAAGAGGCUUCUAACCUGUUCAACGCCACUGCGGUAGCGCCGUUGGCGGAAGAUGUGUAUCUCAUCGAGCUUCAGGUCAUCCACGACCUCCAUUGUCUCAACAUGCUACGAAAAGUUGCAUAUCCAGAUCAGUACCCAGAUAUGAUUGAUCACUACGAGAACGGCACUGUGAACCAUGACACCACUCAAGGCUUUCACAUUGACCACUGCAUCGAUGCCUUGCGCCAGUCUAUUCAGUGCACCGCUGACGUUACCCCCAUCAAGUGGCAACAUCACCCAGACGAUGACUAUCACGUAUUCCCCCUGACAUGGUCCACACGGACGUGCAGAAACUUUGACGCAGUCAGAAACUGGGCGAAGGAGCGACAGGUCCCAGCUUGGAUCCUCGACUAUGGGAGCAAGAAUAAAACCCGUAGCUCUUGA